AUGUCCAUGGCCAACACUGUGUCCGAGACGUGUCUCCAACUGACAUUCACCAUUCAGAUCACCAUUAUCGGCCGCGAUGUUUGUGUCAAGGUCAAGCUUCGGUCCAUUCGCUGGCUCACUUAUAUUGCGGAGGCUUUAGUCGUGCUGGGGUGUCUUCAAGUGCUCGCUUCUUUGCUGGAGAUAACUGGUGUGAGAAGUAGGGGCACAAUCCACUUGCUCGGCAAUAUCCUCGAGACCAUCUCGCUGGUGUUCGUGCUGGUGUUUCAGUUCUACUACUUGUCGCUCUCUCGCGGCUGCCGUCGACUGAUAACGGAGCGCAAGUUCGAGAUCCUUCCGUUCACGUGCUUCGCCAUCCACGAGUUCCCGUUCAUGUUGCUUGAGCACCAUACUGGCGUCGCGUGGGAGUUCGCGCAGGGAGUUUGCAACCGCAUGCUCCGCCGUUUUUAA